AUGGCCUGUGCCGAGGCGAUCCAUGAGAACAACCUAAGCCUAGCGGAUGUACUAAUAAGUGACAUAAGAAGAGUUACAGCUUCACAAAUUGGAAGAGCAAUGAAGAAAGUGGCUACUUAUUUUGCAGAUGCUUUGUAUUAUAAGAUUCACAGAUUGAUUCCACAAGAUAUUGUUGAAUCCUCCUAUUCCAAGGACCAACUCUUGCAUAUGAGCUUCUACGAUAGCUGCCUCUUAGUCAAAAUCGCCCACUUCAUUGCCAAUCAAUCAAUUUUGGAGACCUUCGCCGAUUACAAGAGAGUACAUGUAAUUGAUUUCAGCUUGAAUCAAGGUUGGCAAUGGCCGGCACUUUUACAGACUCUCGCUUUGCGUCCUGGCGGUCCACCUGCUUUUCGGCUCUCGGGAAUCGGUGGCCAACCUCAGCCUGAUGACAGUACCGAUCCUUAA